AUGGCCGAAGCAAGCUCUCCGCGGUUGGCUAUCCCUGUGGUAGUUAUAGGCCCACAGUUCUGCACUCCUUCUCCGGGGAAAACCAUGUUCUACCUCAAAGGCAAGCUCUUGAGCGUUCCUGACCGCCGUGUCUUGCUUUAUGCUAAAGGCAACCCUAUCGUCUCACUCCGGCAAAAGAUAUUGACAGCACACAGGAGGUGGCAAGUGUUCAGGGGAGAUAGCUCAGACUCCAAAGAUUUGCUAUUCAGUGCCAUGAAGUCUUCGCUCAUCCAGUUCAAAACCGAGUUAGAUGUUUUCUUAGCCACAAACAAAAAAGAACAUGUCUGUGAUUUCAAAGUGAAAGGCAACUGGUUGGAGAGAUCAUGCAUCAUAUCUACUGGAGUUCAACUAUCAUUGCUCAGGUACAAAUCAUGUGGGUUAUGCGCAAGCUUGAAGAGAGUUGUGCUGGGGAAAGACAAGUUUGCCGUGAAUGUGUAUCCGAAUAUCGACCAAGCCUUCAUAGUUGCUCUCGUGGUCAUUCUCAACGAAAUCAAUGAGGACAAGGAUGACUGA